GAUCUCAUUCAGUUAGGAUAAACGAGUAACUGUCGUGAGAUACAAACAACGUAGUCUGGUCAUUCAAUAUACAAUUAUGUUAAAAAACUUGCCGUUAUCACUAGUGCUGCUGUCGAGUGUUGUUUAUCUUGUAUGCGUUAGCGCACAACAACGAAUCAAAAAAUGUCCUCAAAACUGUAAGUGUUAUAGAUCUAAUGCUGCGAAAGGUUUGGACGUCGACUGUAGCAACCAAAGGCUCACUGAUCUGCCAUCGUUGCAGAAGAAUAUAGUAACCCUAGUAAUGUCAGACAAUCAAAUGGUCCAGCUCUUACCGAGAAGUUUCACUCGGACGAAAAGGAUUCAAAAUAUAUAUUUAUACAGGAACCGUAUCUGGAGAGUUCACUGGGAGGCAUUUCAAGGACUUAGGACCUUGCAAAUUCUGUCGUUGUUUGGUAAUCAAAUAACAGAACUCAACAAUGGCACAUUUAAAGAUCUUUCGUCUUUGAAAAAAAUAUAUCUUUACCAAAAUAAAAUCCGAAGUCUGAACACGCAAACAUUUGUAGGCCUUUCAUCCUUAGAGUUUUUAUCACUACGAGAUAACGACAUUCAAUACAUUGAACCAGGAACAUUUGCCCCACUCGUAAAACUAGAGUCAUUAUUCCUCUUCCGGAAUAACUUAACGAAAUUGACAAAUGGUAUGUUCCAGGGGCUAUCAUCCCUACGAACGUUGAUAAUAGGUUUUAAUCGAAUAAGCGAGAUUGAGAAUGAAGCAUUCCAAGGUCUUUCAGGUCUCACAGAAUUAUAUUUAGAUAACAACAAGCUUGAAAGAGUGACAUCGAGGAUGUUUGCUGAUUUAGUAUCUUUGCGGAAACUUCAUAUUUACCACAACGACAUCAAGACAAUCGACCCUGGUUCUUUCUUCCGCCUUCAAGAGCUUAACCUUAUAUCUGCGCACAAUAAUAGGUUGAAUCUUAUUACGCGAGGAACGCUUGCUGGCCUCAGAGCGGUGCGAGUUUUAGAAUUUCAAGCCAACGAAAUCGCACAUAUUGACUCAAAAAGUUUCUUAGAUUUACGAGAUUUGCGGACGCUGUAUCUUUACAGAAACAAUAUUAGUAUUAUCCUGAAGGAUGCAUUCCUUGGCUUAGAAAAUCUGGUUGACCUGCAUUUAGGCUUGAACAUGAUUUCAGAAAUUGAGGACAACGCUUUUCAAGAAUUAAAGAAACUAACAACACUAUAUUUAGAUUCCAAUAGACUCACGCGAAUUUCAAAAGGAACCCUGUCGGGACUUACAUCCUUAUUGGAUUUAUAUCUGUAUUUUAAUCAAAUUACCUACGUGGCAAACAAUGCUUUUGUUAGGAAUCCUCUCCUGCGAUUUAUAGCCUGGGACUUGCCAAUCUCGCUUAGAAUCCAAGAAAGAUAUAGAAAUAUUACAGGAAACAUGCUGUUCUGUGAUUGUCAUGCGAUGUAUUUCAAAAGAUGGUUAACAAAGCACGCUGCAAUGCAAGUUUCUUGCUAUAACCCACCAGGACUGCGAGGAACGAUGAUAAAGACAUUGACUAAGGAAGACCUGGAGAAGUGCCAUGAUCCUGAAGUUAAAGUUGUACCCGCCAAAGCCACAGUUGGUGAAAAUGGGUUGGUCUCUAUACAUUGUACUGGAUCGCCUGCAGUGGAGUUUAUCUGGUACAGGAAUGGUUCAAGAAUCGUAAACCAAGAAAAUGCUCACGUCAGCUCGUUUGGCACGCUUCUGCUCAGAAAUAUCCAGCGGUCUGAUGCAGGAACGUAUAUCUGCGCUGCAAAAAAUAAGAAAAGUUUUGCAGUUGCAACGGCAUCACUAACCGUUGGACAUGAACCUUAUUUUACUUCCAGUCCUGAAUCAGUUGAGGCAUUCGAAGGCUCGAAAAUCAUUCUAACUUGUAAAGCCAUAUCUAAGCCUCCUUCGAAAAUCAUUUGGAGGAAAUAUGAUGAAGCAGUGAACCUUGAUGAUGAACGAGUAUUUCAAACCAUUCACGGUUCGUUGAUCAUAACAGAUGCGAGUCUCUCGGACGAAGGCCUCUAUUCAUGUAUAGCUGUGAACGAGCUUGCCUCGAUAUCAAAAGAAGCGCAAGUCGUCGUAAGAAAAGGAAAGGACGUGAAUCAGGGACAGAUUAUGAAAUGUGGAACGGACAAAACGGAGAAAGAUAUUGAUGUAUCUGGUUCGGGAUCUGGUAGUGGUGAUAACGAUGAUGAUGAUGGUAGUGAUGACGAUGAUAAUGAUGAUAUUGAUAAAAAUAAUGAUAUUAGCACCAUAUCAUCAUCUCGAAAUGAUACUGUUCCGACAACAAGACAAACCUUAUAACAUAAAAUAUUUUAAGAUGACCUAGUUGGUAUACUGCAAAGACAGUCGUUUAUUGUAGAAAAUAAUAUAAUGCAGGUAGUACUGAAGUU